AUGGGUGUCCCUUACGUCAUCGUCAAGGGCAAGGCCCGUCUCGGAACGGUCGUCCACCAGAAGACCGCCGCUGUUCUCGCUCUUACCGAGGUCCGCUCCGAGGACAAGAACGAGCUCCAGAAGCUCGUCACCGCUGUCAACGACGGUUACCUCGAGUCGCACCACAAGGACGCUGCCCGCCACUGGGGAGGUGGUAUCAUGGGUGCCAAGGCCAACGCCCGCAUGGAGAAGAAGAGGAAGGCCAUCGAGAGCGCUAUCAAGAUCUAA